AUGCCGAACCUGCAGAGCAUUUUCUGUACAAACACGAAUGUUACAGUGCUACCAAACGGUCUUGUGAGCAACUGCCCGCUGCUGAACACCGUGUCAUUCAACCAGAGCACUAUUACUGACAUCGAGACUCAAGCAUUGACUAACUUGACCGCAUUACACACACUGGAUCUGAGCUACAAUGAGCUCGAGAGCAUUCCUAGUACAGUAUUCACGGUAUCUUCAUCGUGGAAGGCUCUAGAUUUCUCGCAUAACGGUAUUAUGGAAGUGCCGUCUGGAAUUCGACAAGCUGCUGCUGAAGGCUACAUCUCCUUCAACUACAACGCAUUGGUAGAGAUCGAAGCGGGUGCUUUUGCUGACGCCUCGCAAAUCUACGAACUCCGACUCGCAUCCAACGCCAUUUUCACUGUUCAUUCUAGAGCAUUUGCAGGGAUGUCAGCGCUUCGAAACCUGAAUCUGAGCGACAACGUCAUUUCCGUCAUCGAUGAAGACGCAUUUGCAGAUGUCAACGGGCUCCAGGAACUCCGCCUGGACUUCAAUAACAUUCAUCGGCUGACACUGUCGUCUGUACCGACGAACUUGGAGCGCUUAGAGCUGCAAAACAACCUCAUAGACCUCAUGCCUGACUUCCCGGACGACUUCGAGGCAUCGCAUCUGGUCUAUCUAAAUAUGAGCCGCAACUACUUGUGGUCCAUUUCGACAAAUGAUGCGCUCACUCCAUACACCAGCCUCGUGACCUUAGAUCUAAGUAACAACCGCUUGGUCAGCUUCAGUGCCGCUGUGUUCGACCCCAUCAUGUCGACUAUCGAGUCAAUGAACUUCGACUCCAACCUCAUCACGUCCAUUCCCAGCACCAACUUCAUCGCAUUAGUAAAAAAGCUCCUCACUAACGUCACGCUACUAAAUAAUCCUGGUAUUGGCUGGUUUGCUGACGUGGAUAUGCGCAACGACUGUCCCAAAGGCAGUGUCUUCGAAGAGCUCUCUCUGUCUUCAGACUCUACCUCAGCUGGUAGCGUGGAUCUCUACGGCUGUAUCCAGUGUGUCGCAGGCACGUUCCACGACAACUCAAGUGGCAGCUGUGUGGCGUGUACGGAAGUCUGUUCCCGUGCGUAUUCGGAACAAGACGGCGCCAUUGGGUGUCUGUAUUGCCCGUACUCGUCCGACUUGGAGCCCGAUCGUACCGAGUGCAGAGACUUUGAGUGUAACACUUUAUGUUGGCUUACCUUGUCCAUGGGGAUCGCGAUCCCAGGGAUCAUUUUCAGUAGUAAAUUACUGCUCUAUCUCAUCAUGAAGAGCUCGAAACGAACGCGUAAAAUGGACAUCAAGGAGCAAGAAGCCAUGAAUGAUUGGCGUAUGGGUCUCAUGAUGCACCAACUGGCUGAGCCAAUCAGUCCAAGUGACUCGUUAUUGGACGAUGAGCUCGACGAAGAAGCCUCGGAUCGUGGAGAAACCCCGUUCCGUAUCUAUGACCUUCCGGAAGAAACCAAAGACUUGGUACUAAGUACGUUGCGGGAUUAUUUCCAGAUCCGCAAGGAGAAGCGAUGGCAAGCGCUUCCUGUGGACGAACAAGAAGCCACAAGGGAAUGGCAGGAGGUCGAGUGGGAAACGUUCCACAUGCAUCGUAUUCUCAGUCGCAGCUAUCAUGGCGAAGUGUUUCUAGGGGAUUACUGUGGGACGCAGGUGGUUGUCAAGCGUAUGAUGACGUUACGGUUCGAAGUCAAGGAGCUGGCAGAUACGAUCAAAGACGUCGAGUUAGUGGGCUCUCUGCAUCAUCCGAAUAUCGUCACGUGUCUCGGGACCAUGUGGUCGGAUCCGGAACAUUUGUGUGUCAUUUCGGAAUAUGUCAAAGGUGGAGACUUGACUGUAGUACUGGAAGUUGACGGCUUGGAUCGACCCAAUCGAAACAAUUCAUCGCUAUCCCUUCUGUCAGCGUCUUCAGCUGAUAGCGAUCGGAAGCGCUCGAUCUUCGCUGCUAACGGGAUGUCCAAGACAUCGUUGACAACGCGGUUCCAAAUGGCUCUGGAUAUCUGUAAAGCUCUCGUGUAUAUGCACAACAAAGGCGUCUCUCAUAGUGAUCUACGUAGUCGAAAUGUGAUGGUGACGGAGCUGUUUCAUUGCAAACUUGGCGACGUGCGUCAUCACUGUCGGGACGAUACCCACCAUGCCACAUUUGUGCUGCUAGUGGAAAGCACAGCACAGCAAAGUUCAGACUCGGAGGAAGAGGGUGAAGACGUUCGCUUCCUUCAACCGGAGAGCAGAAACUCGCAAGAUAAAGGCCCGACGCUACCGCUAGUCGCCCCUGAAGUGCUGCACCACAACUCGAGACAUCUCCACGCUGACAUUUACAGUGUUGGUAUUUUACUUCUGGAACUUUGGUUCCACGCUCAUAUUUUCUUCCAGAACGACCGACCGAAUAACGAGUUCGAAGUCCGGAAUCAAACCAAGAAUCUGCGCCUUAGUAUUGAUGAUCGAGACGGGGCAAAGAAGCGCUUUCAAGUCGCUACGCUACCCAGAACAGCGAGUGCUCUGCAGAAGAAUAAGGAGCAUAAUGCUGCCAUGCAUCACUUUAUGAGCAAGUUACGCAUGUUAGCGAACAUCGGAGGCACCGACGUAGAAGGGGACAAAAGUAGUUUCGGCACGACGUCAACGACUUCUGCUGCGUCGCUAACUGUAUCGCUAUCAUCUUCAAGCGCCAUAGUCGACAAACUGUCGAAAGCGAUUGAAGAUUGUCUCCAAAGCGACCCGAAAAAGCGACCAACUGCCAAGAAACUCGUGGAUCUGUUUCAAUACUUCCUCAAGGAGAUAAACGCAGCAUAA